CAGCUAGUUUUCAUGACAGCAAUGGUGCAUUCAUUACCUUCAGAGACACCGAGAGAGAGACAGGGGAUUCUCAACGACGCCCAACUGUCCGCGCAUAGGUAUCACUGGUCCGGCCAUGGGCUCGCGGCUUUCUUUUCGAAUCAGGAGACGAGUAAUACAAACGGGUAAGAAAUGACGAUCUUCAAGUAAAACAGUGGCCUUGCAUUGCCUGCAAAGUACAUAUAAAGUUCUUCAAAACCAGCAAAAGGUGUUUUGUCUGUCGAAUUCUUGACUUCAAAACAGCGUCAAUUUUUGGAUCAACUCGAACUGACCUUUUGGUAAAUGAUACGAUGAAGCAUUUGAUCUUUCAUAGUGUUCCUUAGACGUGAUUUUCUAGUUUGUAAGGGGUACAAAUGAGAAUUUGUCUUUGAGUAAAGAGGUUGGAGAGGUAAACAAAGAAGAGGAACAGAAGAGAGACGCAACGAAGACGACGGAGGAGGUUUUGGGGGCGCCAGAAAAGGGGGAGAGAGAAAGCGGAGGAGAAGGAAGUGGGGGGAAGGAGAGGAAGGCAGCAGGGUAGUUGGCAUCGCACGCAUCCAAUUCGAUGUCCGCGCACUGUUGCUUUGCUGAACUACCAAGCGGUUGCUCUGUUGCUGGCGUCAUCGCUCGAUUUAUAUUGGAAAGGGGGCAGCUCCUUUUCGAUUUCGCUUGAUUUCCCAUUGGAGAGUGGAGCACCGGAGACCGCAGGGGAGAGAAAACGGUUGAAUCUUGUUAGGGUUUCGCCCUCUCCGUUGUAAUCUUGUCGGAGAAGUGUUGAAAGAAGAUCGCGGGGAUCGAUAGCAGGUACGGAGAAAUAAAAUCUUGGUCGUGAAUUCUUUUUGGGUUGGUGGAAUCUGGGCGUUCUGAAGUAGUUGUAUCUGUUCUUGAGAUCGAAAAAGGGUGCCUUUUGAAGCGCUGGCUAACUGUUCAAGGUGUUUUUUCCACUAUCAUAUAUUGUUCACGGAGAAACACGUAGAGCGCGUUGAAUAUUUGUAGUGGAUUCCGAUAAGAUCGAAAGAUUCUUGCUUUGUAUAAGUCACUUUAAAUUAGUGCUUUCAAGACUUUAUUGCUGUUAUGAGGAUGGUGAUGGAUCAUGGCAUCGAUUUUCCUCAUGGAGGAGUUUACCAGCAAUCUUUUUGCAAUCAACAUGUACAUUCUUUUCAACCAAAGGAUGUAAACAGCACAACCAGUAUUUUUCCUGGUGACAUAAACACUUCAGGUGGAAUAAUUACAAUGACAGGGAUGAUAUUGAUUGGGAGCUCCAGCACUCCAAACAAUGUUUCUCCCAUGAUUUUGACCAGUAAUCCUCCAGGAAAUAUCCUUCUCGAACCGGUGCCUGGACUUAAGCAUAUUGCAGCGUUUGCUGUUGAUUGGUCCUGCGAGGAAUUGGAAGUGUUGAAACGAGGCCUUGUCACAUAUGCUAGUGAACCUAAUAUCAUGAAAUAUAUCAAGAUAGCAGCUAGACUUCCCGAGAAGACUGUGAGAGAUGUUGCAAAGAGGUGCCGAUGGAUGACUAGGAAGGAGAAUGGUAAAAGAUGUAAUUCUGAAGACCUUUAUGCUGGAAAGAAAAUCAAAGACAGAAAGGAGAAGAUGAUAGGUUGUUCUUCAAUGGUCAAUAUGCAUUAUAAUCAACCUGACAGUGAAUCUGCCUAUUCUGUCAUGAUGUGUGAUGGGAACCAUAUGAAUCAGUUCUCAUCUGAAGUGGUUGACAGCAGAACAAAGAAUCUUCUGGAAGACAAUGUAAAACUUCUUCACCAGAUUGCAGUUAACAUUGAAAAUAAUGAGAUACAAAAUAACAUCGAUCUCUUGUAUUGCACAAACAACAACAUUACAGCGACUCUAAAUAGCAUGCUUGAAAUGCCUGGUGUUAUGAGCCAGAUGCCUCCACUGCCUGUGCAUGCCAAUGAGAAUCUUCUGCAUUCCAUAUUGCCCUAUACUAGUCAGCGAAUCAUGCAAGAAAGAAGAAGACAAGGAAAGCUGAAAAGGAGAAACUACUAGUUGCUGAUAAAAUGAGUAGGAGUUUUGAGGAUUCAACUGUGUAAACUUGCUCAGCUAGUAAUAUUAUCUAUCAAAAUGUACUUCAGCUUCAAAUCUUUUCUCUUUCUGCGGUUUUCUCUUUCGAUAGGCACAUGGACCUGGCAACUGUUAUGUCAAGGAAGAGCCAAGCUGCUGGUGACCUGCUGCUACCAAAUGACCGGGUUUCUGUAAGUACACGAUACUCUUAUGUAAAUACAAGGAAGGUGAUCAAAACUCUCUUUGAUACACAUGCCUUUCGAUAAGAGCAUAGAGAUUGCAUGCUCACACCAGAGGAGAUUGAAGAGCCAAUCGAUAAGAAUCCCAAGGACCUGACACUAUAUAUCAAGAUUACGAUAUAGAGCUUCUAUGUAAAUGCUUUUGUAUGGAAGAAAGUUUGUGCACCGACAGUAUUAGGUGCUUGCGGUUCAUCAAAUUCUUUCGCUUUGCUACCUUUGUCUUUUCGUUCAAGAGCGAUUUCAAAUGAUAAAUUUUAGUCCCAGAGAAUAAAUAUUUAUCUUCAUAGUGGAAUAAUCUGAAUGCAUAUUCAAGAA